AUGGUUCUCAAGCUUCACGGUUUCCCCCUUUCUACCUGCUCUAAACGAGUGAGCGUUGUGCUCGCGGAGAAGGAGGUGGAGGUCGAGUUCAAUGCCAUUGAUCUUUCCAAGGGCGAGCAGAAGGCUGAGGCUUACAUUGCCAAUUACCAUCCCUUUGGAAAGGUGCCUGUUUUCGAAGACACUGAGACUGAUCUGAAGAUCUUUGAGAGCAGAGCUAUUGCCCAAUAUGUUGCUACCAAAUACAGCAGUCAGGGAACCGAUCUUAUUCCUACCCAGAGCGACCUGAAGGCGCAUGCCAUCUACCUACAGGGUCUCUCCAUUGAACAAUCUUACUUCGACCCCAUCGUUUCGGAAAUCGCAUUUGAGAAGGUCUUCAAGCCGAUGAAGGGUCUCGGGGAAACUGAUGAAGCCCGUGUCAAGGCUCUUGUCGCCCAGCUUGAUACUACCCUGGAGGGAUACGAGCGUUUGCUUUCCAAGCAGGCUUUCAUUGGCGGUGAUAAAUUGACUCUCGCCGACCUUUUCCACCUUUCUUAUGGUACUUUCGUUGAGCCUUUCGGUUUUGCGGAACUCUUGAACAAGUACCCUGCUACCAAGAAGUGGUGGGAGGCAUUGAAGACACGUGAGAGCUGGAAGAAGAUCUCCGCUAAGUAG